UAAUGGAUUUAAUCGUCAGAAUUUGAUAUUGCGGGCUUACUCCAGUUUCUGGUCACAUACACUUUAAUUCACACGAAAAAACCGACAUCUCUUUGUUGGAGGAAAUGUUUUAAUUCAGUAAACAACAAGAAAUGCCGUACGCAACAGUAACUUUUAGUGACGUGCAAGAUAUUACUGGGCAAAUUAGCUGUAAAGUUGUUGCUGCUCGGGGCGGCAGAGGGAAACCUUGCUGCUUAAUUUUCGCAACAGUGCUUGAUGACCAGUUUUAAAAUUUCCGAAAUGGAGACGAAGAGAACAUCAUCGAGGACAAGAAAAAUACCUGCCAGAAACGGUAAAAUAACAAGCGAAACGCUGAAUUUUCGAAAAGUGGCUAGACAGGUUAUGCUAGCGAACAUGUUUACGAGAAGGCCGCUGCAGCAACCACAUGUGAAGAAAAUUUCGACUUACAAAAGCACAGCUGUCGAACAUCAGGGACAUAAGCCAAAGCGGGAACGAAAACACAACAAUUCUGCUAUGGAAAAGCCGUCAUUGCAUCGAAAAGGAACUCCAGAGCUGUUCCCGAUGUCUGAAGAAAUGAAACAAACCAUGAUUUCACUUGGUAGGCUAGAUCUUUUACCCGAAGAAAGGAAGGCGCGAGGGAGUUCUUUCGCUGAGGACGUGCAAGUUAGAAAAUCACGAGCAAACGGAAAAUUUCGCGAAAAAACAAGACAAAGGAUUAUUUAUCCCCAGAGGUUUAUCCGGAACGUUCAAUCAUCUGUUUACAACUCAAAACUAAUACUCGAAGAGAGCGAAGAGACUGAAAAUGAAGAAAUGUCGACGAAAAACAAUACGACUAAAACUACAUCGGAAGAUGCCACAAACGGCAGCAAUUCUGCAAAUGAAAGUGAUGCUAAAUUGAACAGAAUGAAAACAAACAGCAAUAUUAUUCCAAGAAUGCAAACACGUACAUUCUAUACCGUAAAAUCCGCUAAAAAUCAACGUUGUUCCUCAUGUAACAAGCGACCAUCUUAUUUAACAAGAUUCAGCGACACUGGACCGUUUCCCGCCACCCAAUCUAGAACUACUCAACUUCGAACAUGGCCAACACAAGGACACGACACAACUCGUAUGUGGACGCGUACAAAUCACUUCCCUAAAAUCUCAAGGAGGUACACAUUUACAGGAAAAGAAUGGGCAAGCCAUAUUGUAUCAACGGAAAUCGAAGAAAAAAACAAUGACGAACUUUUGAAAACCAGGCGGUGGAAAAGUGUGGAGAACCUUACACAAGAAAUUGAAGACAAAUGUCUUGCAUGGCUCGAAAAUCGCUACGGUUUACAUCAACAUUGAACACCAACGAUGUCAAAUUUGAUAAAAGUAUCUAGUUUUCUCUAGGAACGAACAUCUUACUAAACAAAGUUCAGAACUUGAAGCGGCUUACGUUAAAUCGACGAAUUUCUUCCGAAAAAAAAUUAUUAUUAUGAAGAAAUACUUAUCUCCUCUCGAAAAUCCCGAAGUUUUGGACAAAAAAUUACAUUUAAUUUCUUAACGUCAUAAAUUGAAUCCAAGCCAGGAAACGCAAGUCGCAGUUCUGUUUCGAAAAAAAAAUACAAGAAAGGACAAUUUCCAUUUCACAAAGAGUAAAUAUAAGCAUUAAAGUGAGCAUUAAACCUACAGGAAAACUCAAACGCUUCACGCAGACACGUAUGGCAAACACAGUUUUGUUUCUCUUUUGUUAGCAGCUGGUUUCCAGACUAAUGUAUGUAUGUGAAUUUCAGUUUGAAACGCUAUAAAUCUAUUAGACUGGUUCUUUCUCACUGUUUCUUGCCAGAAUGUAUGAAAAAAUUGGCAAUAUUUCUUAAAACGGUCAAGACGAAACGAAAUUUCUUUUCAAAGUCAUAUUUCUGGUGAUCUUUCACUUAACAAAUAAACAUUUUGAACAAACAUUUGAAUCGAAUUAAUUUAUCUGCAGGUGAAUCAUUUUCAUCUGUAAAGAGGUUUUGCAUAAAAUUUUACAACCAAAGACAAUAUUAAAAACUCGCAACAAUAGAAUAUUUAAUUUUCUCUUUUUCGGUCUCUUUAUACGAAUUAGAACUUUCGCAGCGAUACGCACUAGAAUUAAUUUGAAGUUACUUUUAGUUGCCGCACAACACAGUAAAGUCAUAAAAAUCGAAAUGUUUCCUGAAAUGUGUCAAAACUGUGCAAAGUGAUCUGUUGUUUUCGUCAUAAGGUUUCUGACUUUGAAAGGUUUCAAUAACGCCCUCUUGACAAAGCACAUGUGAUGUU